UUGCAUGGGGCAAUGCCUAACCUCCUCCAUUCAUUCUCCCGUUCUGCUGACACCGUGAUGAUAGCUUCCCCCACACACCCGCCUCUGUGUCACUGCUGCACAGCGGCACAGACGAGGGUGAACAGCAAGAGAACGCUUGCCAUCGUGUUCGCCACACUCGCCACAAUGACGCUCGCGACGUUGCUACGCUACAACCUGCGCCCGUAUGCGCAUGCGCUGCUUCCGCUGACGAAGUACAACUCGAGUUUCGCGGUAGGCGUGUACCGCGGGAGCGUCGCCGGCGAUGACGUCGCGUCUGCCGACGUCCGACGCUUUCGCAUUUCGAGUUCUUGCGUCGGCGACGCAGCGUGUCGUGACGCAAACCGCAGCGAGAGCGACGACGCGACGCUGGCCGCUCGCUUCGUGACGCACUUUGACGCCGAUCGCGUCGCCAUCGUCGACAGCUCGGCUUGUCAGCGUCGUCGCCGACGCAUCAACGUCGUCGUCGUCGUCUUCUCCGUCGCGCAAAACGUGCAGCGCCGCCUGGCGAUCCGGCGCACGUGGGCCGCACCGAGCCGCAUGACGCAGGCCGGCGUCUGCGUCGUGUUCCUCGUCGGCAAGACCGACGCGGCGAGCGACGACGCGACGCUGACGCACGAGGCAGCGACGCACGGCGACGUCGUUCGCGUCGACGUCGACGAGGGAUACUACAACAUCACGCACAAGGCCGUACUCAUGCUGCGCUGGGCGACGCACAACUGCAGUGGCGCCCUCUACGUGAUGAAGACCGACGACGACUCGUACGUGAACGUGCGUCGGCUGUCGUCGGAGCUGCGCGCGCACCCCGCCGACCGUCCGCUACUCCUCGGCCACCUGCUCGCCAGGGGGCGCCCGAAUCGCGAGCCGGGCAGCAAGUUCUACAUGCCCUAUUCAAUGUACGCACCGGAAGAGACUCCCGAGUUCCUUUCCGGUUCCGGUUACGUCAUGUCGAUGGGCGUCGCGCGCGCCCUCUACGCGCAGGCGCAGCUGCGCCCCCUGGUGUGGUUCGAGGACGUGUACGUGACGGGGCUGUGCGCAGAGGGCGCUGGCAUCGCGCGCACAGACAGUCGACUGUUUCGAACGUUUGACAAGCGUGCGAGGACGGAGUUUGGCAACGUGCGCGCGGCGACAGAGAGGAAAGCCAUCUGCCUGUACAGAGACAGUGUCGUAGUUCAUAGAGUGACUCCCGAAGAGCUAAACUUCCUCUGGGAUAAGCUAGAGGACGCUCGUUACGAGUGCUAGGCGGUGCAAUGUAUAGGAGUAUGUGAUUAUUUACUCCUGAUACAUA